AUGGUCGAUGGCCCAGUGGUUCGGGGUCGCCUUACCCGAGCUGCUCGGUCCCUGCGGGCAGUUAUGCGCUGCCUGGGGGGAAACAGAGAAUCUCAAGAUGGUGCGCAGCGAGCGAUGCUGCUUCUAUGCGAACUUCUUGAUUUACUUAGCCGAAUUCAAGACCAGCUGAACUGGGCGGAGGACAAAUGGGUCGUGGAUACAUCACGCCUGCGUAACCUCGAUGAGCUGCUCCGUUCGUUCGAGUCGACUAUUGGAUCUAUCGAGGUCUACUUUCAGCCUGGUGGUAUCACAGCUCGCUCGUUCCGAAAGCGGUUGUUGGAAAAUACAUUUAUCCCUAGAUUGGAGCAUUUUAAGGUCAUGAUGCUCUUGUCCAUGCAACCUGAGUCUCGGGAGAAGAGCAGGGUUGAGGAAAAACUUCGAAACGCACUCUAUCGCUUUCAUGAAAUGGACCCUGACUCAAUACGAACGAGCACCCCGGACUCCAAUGAGUUUCACACUACUACGAGCCAAAUUACCACAAAAAGUUUCAUGAGAUUGGCAGAUCUGUGCAAUACAAGGCAAACGGGAACAUGCGAAUGGAUAUUUGACAAUGAUAUAUACACCAAAUGGCUUUUUGGCUGUAGCAGAACGCUUUACUGCGUUGGGCCAGCGGGCGCCGGAAAAACGUUUCUCGCAUCUACCGUCAUCGACAGCCUGCAGAGAACAUUUACAUCAGCAGAUGUAGCGAUUGUCUUCAUUUUCGGUCAUGACGAGGUGGAUGAAGAGGCGAGCUCUGUGGGAUUUCUUGACCAAAUCCUCGCGCAACUUGUGUAUCGGAAGCGUGUCCCUUCUCACACUACCGCUUGCUUGUACGAUUCCAAAUCAUUUGCCGAGGGAAAUGUUUCAGCAAAGGCAUAUCAGGAUGCUAUUCGCGCCGAGGUCAACAGGUUCUCUCGGGUUAUGUUUGUUAUUGAUGGGAUCGACAUGCAUGUGGAGAAAGAUCGCAUUCUGAAUCGCCUUCAAAAGCUCCCGGAUCAUGCGCAACUUCUUGUUACCUCACGUGAAGCAAAAUAUGGAUCCAAAGAUGAAUAUGUACCUGUUCUAGCCACUCCAAGGGAUCUUGAGGCCUAUGUUAGUGCCCGCAUUGAACAAGAUGAAGGGCUGAACGCUAUGCUGAAGCAAUACACCUCUGAGUUAAAGGUGGCUGUUAUUCAACAAGUGGCCCGGAAGUCACAUGGCUUGUUCUUGCUAGCUCGACUCCAUAUGGAUCUUCUAUCUAGAUGUCAGGAUGGAAGUCUACUACAAAGAUCACUGUUCCAUUUGCCUGAGACUCUGAACGACGCUUACGGCGAGUCAAUGACCCGUAUCGUUAGCCAGAAUCCCUUUGCCAGUCGGUGCCUAUAUUGGACAUUAUAUGCCCAGAGGCCUUUGACAGUCUCGGAACUAAACUUUGCAGCAAGCUAUGAGUUACAGGCUAAGAGUGCCCCGAAGGAGCCUACAUCAUCCGAGCAUUCUAUGCUUUAUGAAGCUGCUGGACUCUUGACGAUUGACGCAAUGAGUGGGACAGUUCACUUGGUACAUAAAACAGCCAAGGAGUACCUAAGUGGCCCAGCAGCUCGGGUGUUUUUUCCAACCGCUAAAGUGAAUAUCGCCGACGUCUGUCUCACGAUUAUCACCCCUGAUGAUGUGGUUGAUGACUGCUAUGUAAGCAAGGGAGCGAUACCUCGCAAGCCCCGUGGAAAGCUGCUCGACUACGCUACAACCUUCUGGGGUCACCACGCUCGCGAAGUCGGCGAAGAUGAGCAAGCAACACAAGUUCUCAUCCGUGCUUUCCUCAACAAGCUGUCCUGGAGAAGGCCUCCUGGGAAAGACUUAUAUGUCCCGGGGCUUGAAGUACCAAAACAGCUGGGCCUCGGGAAGUACUUUUCAGACUGGACCUCUCUGCAUGUGCUAGCCUACUUCGGCAUUAUUGGAAAAGCAAAACGAUUGAUUGAACAAGGUGCAGAUCUUGAUGAAUGCGAUAAUCAACUGGGUAUCACCGCCCUUCACUGUGCAGUCUAUCAAGGGAAUGAAGAGAUGGUUGAAUUGCUCCUGGCCUCCAAAGCAAACAUCAAUGCUGUCUCAAACGAUGGUAAAACAGUGUUGCAUAUUGCAGGGGAGCAAGGACACCGAAAAUUGAUCAAGAUUUUGCUUCAUCGGCGUGCGAACUCUAGAACAGCCAGCAAGGAAGGAGCGACAGCUCUCCAGCUAGCUGUUGGGACAACUCACGAUGAAGCGACCGUGCCUCUCUUGAUUAAAAGUCGGUUUGAUAUGGAUGUUCAAAAUACACUUACUGGUAAUACGGCCCUUCACUUAGCAGUCGAAUUGAAGCGACCGCGCAUACUUGCGUUCCUUCUCGAAAAGGGAGCCAGCAUGAACAUCUUAAACAGAGAUGGAAUGACAGCAUUACAACUUGCUUGUAAAACAGACAACUGCGAGGCUGCCUCGCUGUUGCUCGAACGUGGCACCCAAUUGGAAACUCGUUCAUCCUAUGGAAUGACUGCCUUGCAUAUUGCCGCACUGGAGAACAAUUGGGUAGCAUUUGACAUGCUUGUCAUUGGAGGUGCAGAUAUCAAUGCAUGGGAUAGCGAAGGCGAAUCCUUACUUCAUAAGGAAGCCCGCAACCCUUCUGCAAUUUCUGUUGCUGCACACUUACUCGCCCAAGGAGCAAACCUCGAAGCCUGCAACUCUCAAGGAUAUACACCCUUACAAUGCGCUGCUGUAAUUGGGAACAAAGCGAUGUUCCUUUUUCUGGCCGAACAAGGAGCAAGACUCGAUGUUCAAACCGCAAAAGGAGAGACACUUCUUCAUAUCACACCUCCGCUAAACCAAGACUGUCUUGAUAUUCUGGAAUCCUUGUUUCAAUGCAAUUUCAGCGCCAAUGCGACAACCUGCAGUGGUCUUACACCUUUGCACCAUCUUGUCAUCAACGAUCUUAACUUGUCACAUUCCUCAACUGAACACACUGCCAGUUUCAUGUCAUUACUUUUGUCUCAUGGUGCGGACAUCAACGCUCCCGUUGUAUCUUGCAAUUCUGAAACGGCACUCCACUUGGCGGUGAUCGCAAAAGUCCCACGCGAGUCCCUUGUGUCGCUACUAAUCAAAAGUGGUGCAUCGCUGGAUUCGAGAACUUCGGACGGGAAGACCCCAUUGCACUUGGCUGCUGAGCGAGGCCGACAUAACAUUUUCCAAAUACUGUUAGAUGCGGGCGCAGAUCCUUCAAUCCAAGACUUUGUUGAAACUCCAACAGAUGAAAAGUCCACGAGAGGUGGGCUUACUGCGCUUGACCUGGCGCGCAAGAACCCUAUCAGUGUGCUGUGGUUCGACAAUUCGGGCAAGUUACAGUCUCCGCCACCGCCGCCGAUGCAGCAGCGUAGGAGCCUAGCGACAACAAUUGAUGAGCUCGAUACCGAAUCUGAAAUUGGUGAGAUAGGGGGGUCAACAUUGGUUGGCGAAGAGGAUAGCUCGGUUUGGGGAUCAAGAGCGUCAACUACUUCCAUGGAUCUUCCGUCUAUUGUUUCUUCAUGCUAA